AACAAUGAGACUCUUCCAGACCGUCUCCAGCUUUGUGUCUCUCCAACAAAUUAUCUGUGCAAAAUUAACCGCUUUCCGGUAACUACGCGCAUACACCGUAAAAAUGGUCCUCGGUGAGUCCAGGGACACGUUUGUUAGCAGAUGUCAUCGCGUCCACUCGGAUUUUUAUCGGCAUCAUCUCAGCGGAGACGUAUCAAAUCGGUCGCGUUGCAGCCCGAAAGCCCACCUCGAAUGACAUACUUGGGCGUGACAGCAUGCGAGUGAACAGACCGAUGUUGUUAUGAAUCAUCCAGCUUUUUUGUGGCAUUUCGGUCCCGGAUGCACGUUUUCCAGCGCCUGCUUGGAUUUUUGAUGUGUUAGCUUUGCCACACUCAGUUCCCGGCGUGCAAAGCUGACCUGCUGGUUAGCAAGCUAGCUAGCAGAUGCUAGCCCAACAUUAGUGUCUGUGGCCCUGGGAGCUGAAGGAUGGAGGCGGUUCUGAGCAGACUGAGGGAACUAAGUGCCGAUGAGCUGCGGGAGGAGUUUGCCAGAGCGGACCUCAAGUGUGGCCCCAUCACCGCUACCACUCGAGCCACCUUCGAAAGGAAGUUAGCCCGCUUUCUGGCCGGAUCGGAAAGCAACGCAACUGAAACUGAUGGCAAAUCUUCGGACGGUGUCUCAGGCUGCUCGGCAGACUAUGCCAAACCUUUGCCGUGUGCUACCUCCACAGUUGCACCUACCGCUGCUGCGGCGACCAGCAGCUGCCCCUCUGAUGCUGCCGGCGAGGAGUUGGACUUUGGUUAUGGUGUCGGUCUCAACCCUCCAGAGGAGGAGGACAUUUUAGUAAAGAAGGCCUCGGGCAGCUCUGCUGAAGACGGCAUCUCUCAGUCCAAAACAGAAACUCCUUCAAAGCCAGCACAAGUGUCCCCAACCUUUUAUUAUGGAGUAUGUCCACCGUGGGACGAUGUUCUGGCUCGGAAUGAGGGAGUACAUGUGUACACAGAUAAGAAAGAUGCACUUCAAGCCGUAAAGAUGAUGAAGGGAGCGCGCUUCAGCAAAGCUUUUUCCAAUCGAGAGGACGCCGAGAAGUUUGCCAAGGGGCUGUGUGACUAUAGCGAACAUUUCCCUUCUCCCAACAAGUCUGCUCCCUGUGUGUCCCCCAUCAAGCCAGGCCUGGCCGUCAGUAAGGACAACAUGGAGGUUGAUACCAUAAACCGGGAGCGAGCCAACAGUUUCAAGAGCCCCCGCACCCAGGAUCUGACCGCCAAGCUGCGCAAGGCUGUGGAGAAAGGCGACGAGCUGGCCUUCUGCGAUUUGGUCUGGAGCAACCCACGCUAUCUCAUUGGCUCAGGGGAUAAUCCCACUAUUGUACAGGAGGGCUGCCGCUACAACGUCAUGCACGUGGCCGCAAAGGAGAACCAGGCUGGCAUCGCCCAGCUGCUGCUGGACACUUUGGAGAACCCGGAGUUCAUGCGCCUCAUGUACCCCGAUGACCAGGAAGUCAUGCUGCAGAAACGCAUCUGCUACAUUGUAGACUUAUACCUCAACACCCCAGACAAGGCUGGGUUUGAAACGCCACUUCACUUUGCCUGUAAGUUUGGGUGUCCAGAUGUGGUGAACGUCCUGUGCUCUCAUCCCGACAUCGAUAAAAACUGCAAGAACAAGGAUGGACUGAAGCCGAGUGACCUCAUCUGUAGCAGGAAAAACAAAACUCAAGAAGUCAGGCAGAAGAUAAGCGACUACUUGGAGGAUCGCUGCUAUGUCCCUCUGCUGAGGGCGUCCGACAACACCUCUCAGCCUGUCAUCGGCGCUCCGUGGUCGCCCGAGGCCUCGGAGAGCCUCUCGCUGAUCCAGCGGCACACGAGAAGCCCCAAGGACCCCCUGAUGACCGUGACUGCCUUUGCUGGACCGCUCAGUCCUUCCAAAGCGGAUGAUUUUCGUCGGUUCUGGAAGACGCCACCCAGAGACCGAGCAGUAUUUUUCCAUGACAUCCUCAAGUCUGAUAUUGACCGUGGAGCAGAAAGAGUGGGCAGAGACCUGGCUCAUGAAAUGGGACACCCCUGGGCUGAGUAUUGGGACUUCUUGGAAUGUUUCGUUGAUCUGUCGUCUGCCGAGGGUCUGCGCAAGCUGGAGGAGUACCUGAGCAGGAAGGACUUCAGUCCACGAGCUCACGAGGAAACAGGAGAAAAUGAGACCAGCAACAGGUUCAAAACCCCAUCUCCAGGCAAGCCCAAAAAGUUCUGCAACUCCAUUUCUGUCGGUGCCUUCCUGGACGAGGGCGACGACAUCAGCCUUGAGGAGAUGAAGAACCGGCAGAACGCAGCGCUCACCAGCAUCACCUCCUCCGCUGCGUCCAAGGACGUCCUGAAGGGCGCCGUGGGCGGCCGCGAGUUCCACAUCGCGCUGCACCACCGCGGCGCCGACCUCAUCGAGACGGCCGCCGAGCAGGACCUGCUGUGCUGCUGCAGCGACGGCCUCCUCUCGCCCGGGGUCGUCUGCAAGAACAAGGUGUGCGCCUCCUCCAGAGACAGGACUCACAACGGGGACAAGGUGUCCCCGCGCACGUCCCCGUCCUCGUCCAGCCUGCUGUCGCCCAUCUCCAACCUCAUGGUGAAGUUCGAGCGCAUGACGCUGCAGGAGCCGCCGGACGGCGCCGGCGGCUGCCGGGAGAGGAGGAGCAGCGGGGGGAGCCGCGGCUCCCUCUCCGCCUCGGACCUGAGCUCCGGGCUGCACCGGCUGUCCCUCGGCCACGAGGCCGGGGCGGAGGACAGGCGCAGCAGCGGCAGCUCGGAGGAGUACUUGGAUGUGGAGGAGAGCCUGGAAGAGCUGGGGAGGACUAGGGGGGCGGUGACCGGGACGCGCAACUUCUGCGCCCGGUCCAAGUCGUGGGACCACGGCGGCAGAGACCUGAGCAGCUCGGGAUCCUCGGGCUCCUCCUAUAAGUCUCUAGAUAACUCACACGAGUUCCUACCCAGAACCCCGCCGCAUAUCAGGAGAGGACUAUUCAUCGACGGAGACUCUCCCUCCAAGUUGGACAGAGAAGUGUUGCUGGCGCUGGAGAGGGUAGACCUGGACGCGCAGAAGUAUCCCAGCAUUCACAAGUGGAAGAGCACAAUGAAAUCCUACUCUGCCUCAGAUAUGCAGAGCUGGCCCAGCCCUGCUGUGGUCAAACCACGACUCAGGAUGCAGCAUCACACCCCCGGCUCCCCCAUCAGCGGCCUGAUGUCCCCCACCGGCCGCUUCAGCCCCGCCCGGCACGCCGCCUCGCCGGACUUCAGCCCCGGCCGCUACAGCCCCGCCAGCGUCGGCUACAUCCAACGCAUCCGCCUCAAGCACUUGAAUGAGCCGACGGCUUAAAAAAAAAAAAAAAGCCUAGCCCGUCGUCCCCGUUCGCC